GUAGCAGCAGCGUCGUCGUGGCUAUCGUCGACGUCGAAACGCAGGACACGAAGUGAACAUUCAUAUCAGUGUUGUUUCUUGUUUCUCAAUUGCAAAAGGGUUUCCAAAGACUACCAAAACAAAACAAAAAACAAAGACAAAAUAUACAACCGCAACUUAUAAACAAAAUCCAAAAGAAAUGAAAAAUCAUUAACAUUUUACACUAUAAUCAGGAGCUCAAUCAAAUUUCGCAUUGGAAUAAAGAUUUUAUGUGAUAGGUCAAACGGCAUGCCCGUUGUUGGAUAGAAGAAAAAAUAACAAAACACUUUUAAAGGGUUUCAUAUUAUGUUUUUCUUUCGGCCGAACAAAAACGUUCUGAAUGCGCGCGGCGAGAGUAACAAAAGUGCUCGCCAAAAUCAAAUGCUUUUACAGAAACCAAAAAAAACAAAAAUGCAAUCCAAACAAAUUUCGCUAUGUAAAUGAAUGGAGAAAAUGGAAAUCAAAGUGAAACGAAGAAGAAGAAGAAAAAAAUUACUAGUGUUGAAAACCAACUCCGGCCAGGUCAAACCGGGCCAUAUUGGUGGACAAACAAAAAAUAAAUAUAUUUUUAAUAUGAGACAGAAUGGGAAGAAAACAAACAAUAAAUUCAAUAAAUAUUCAAACAAUAACAAAAUAUGACAUGAAUAAACAAAAAUCCAUCAUUAAAACCAACAAAAUACCGUUGUCGUUUCAAUUUUUUUGUGUGGCGUUUACAAAACUACAAUUUUAUAUAGCUUUGACAAAAUGCCGUUAUGUGUUUGAGAGUCCAGUGUGAUAGUGCGAAAAAGAAGGUAUUUCGGCUUGGCCGCUGCAUGCAAACAGUGUUUGUUUCUCACACACUGAAAAAAAACCGCCACAUUCUUAUUUACAUUGGAACUCAAUGUCUUAUAUACGAAAUGUGAAACGCUUGAUCCAGUUUAGUGGCCAAUAUAGCGGUGCGACAAAGACGAAUAGAGAGAGCAUGGUGUUGAAACGCGUGCGCAUAAAAUGCACGUAUUUAUUAUACGUCCAGAUGGUGCACAUUCAAGAUACAAAAUUUAUUAUCAAAACGUUGUUCCACAUUGUCAAGCACAUUGGGCAAAAAAAGAGACGAAAGCGAGAGAGAGAGUAAGGAGUUCAGAGGGUGACUCGUAGAUACGCACAACACACCGAACAUUCGUUCCAUUGAACUGUUGUGUGCACAGGAGGUAAACAGACACGUACAUGAUUCGUUUGUGCGUGUGUAUUUGUGUUGGUGCGAUAUUGGUUUUUCUUUCGUGCACGAUGGAUAGAUACACAUUGACGAACGGCACAGCCUUAUCGCACAUCGAGGUUGCAUCGGAUUCUUGUCACGUUCAAAUGAAAUAUUAUACAGUUCUCGUUCUAACUUCAACGCUGACAGCCACAUAGAAUAUUGUAUCAGUCGGCCACUACCGUAAAUGAAGUGUGAAAUAAAGUCAGAAAAAAGAAACAUUUUCCUGCCGUUCAUUUGGUGUAGAACAUUUUUGGGCUGAAAAUUCGAAAACUUUCUUCAUUAGAAACGGUGAAUUUAUUGAAAUAAGUGUAUUUUGGCGUAAUUUUGCUGAUUUUCUUCGCCACAAUUGCCGCGUGUGUCUUGCCAUUGCGGUAACAUUGUGUGGUGUUCGUGUGACCGAGACCCAAAACAAAUUUCGACGAAUCGAAAGCAAUUUCGAGGAAAAACAAUUCUGCUGCAGCCAUUCGACAUUAACUGCGCUUCAUUCAACUCGUUGGAUAUCUCUUUCUGUUCGGGCACGAAUAAAAAAAAGAAGACAGAAUUCACACCGCCAUAAUGUCAUACCGUGAAAUCGAUUGCAAGCGUGACCAAUUCCGCAAAUACAUCGAAAGCAAAGGGGUCGUCGACAGCAUAACUAAGGUGCUAAUAAAGUUGCUGGAAACACCCGAAAAACCAGAGCAUCCAAUGGAUUUUAUUCGUCAAAAUUUGGGUGCAUCACAGGCCGAAGAACGACGUAUCGAAAGUCUUGAACAAGAGGUCAUCGGUUACAAGAAAGAAGUUGAAGAUUUGAAGUCGCAACUUGAAGCGGUCAAAGCGAAACUAGGUGAAUAUGAAAAGAACACGGACGAUGCUGUUGGCGAAACAAAGAACGAAGAAAAACCAACGAACGAAUCGGUACAGGCAAGUGAAGCCAAGGCUUCUGAAAUCAAUCAAACGAACGGCGGAGAAGCUGUAGUCGAUGCAAGUAAAGAUAAGACCAGCACCGAAUCGGAAACUGCCGCAACGCCCAGUUCGACCACAACCACUGUUGACAGUGGCAAAACCACAAACGAUAGCGAAAAUGCUGAUGUUGCCAAGUCAAACACGACCACUGCUAAAAUUGACGACGAUAAACCACCUGCAUCGACUGCCAACGAGGCUGACAAGACCAAAACAUCCGAAAAUGCCGCAACUGCCGCCGUCGUCGUCACUGAUGAUGCCGCUGCCGUUACUGCUGUCGCUGCUGCACCGGCUGCCGAAAAUGAAAAGUAAACACAUUAACCGUAUUCCGAGAACAACAACACCAUAAACCAAAUAUGUGGCUAUCUUAUCAAUACGAAUAAGAGAUAGAAAAUUGAUCAUUUCGAAGUGUGUUCUCAUGAUGACACAGAAGAUUUUUUUUGGAAAGUUGAUUGUUGAAAGAAGAAUAUUUUUGAAAGAGAGCAAAUUUGCCCUGUUAAAGAGACGGAAACAAUGUGAAUUUACUGGCAUUUUAUAUAUGCACUUACAAAACUUAUAUACGAACACACAUACACAAAACCUUUUGGCGAACUGAAUUUAGCCACACUUUUUUGUUAUAUUUACUUUGUUUCAUCUUGUUUUUUUUUUUUUUUUGAAGAGUUCAAUUGUAAGUUAAUUGACGAUUGUAAUCAAGAAAAUUAUUCAAUAUUGACAAUUCGAUCCAAAGAUAUUUGACACAUAUUUUGAAAUUAUUAAAACCCUUUUUUUCCUCACGAUUCACUUUGAAGUCAUAGAAAAUGUUCUAAAAAUGAUUAAGAAAAAAAACAAAAAUUUAAUUCAUUGUUAGGAUACAAAAAAAGUACACUACAAUUAUUUUGUAAACAAUUUGAACAAGCGAAAGAAAGUUCAGGAAGAAGAAAAAAAAAUUCUGAACCACGCAAAAUAUAUAUAAAAAAAAGAAUGGAUUUUUUGAUGUUUAAAUCAUUUAAAAUCGAAAGCAUAACCAAGCAAAUAAAUAACGUCCUAAUGAACACGUCCUGAACAAUAAA